UGCAUUUCCUUCGGAAAAUGCAGUGAAACAAAAAACAUGAAAUACCAAAAUAUAAACAUUUUCACCAGAACAAGUUCUUUUCUCACUCAUUCUGCUAUGUAUAGCCGAGAAUAACCCAAUUUUGUGUUUAAACCUGUGGUUACCAUGGUGACAAGGCAUCACACAAAUAAUAACAUAACAGUUGCUGGUCUCCGGUCAUGAGUUUCAGUAUUGGGCUAUCACAAUCUUGAGGAACAUGUUGCUGCUUCAUAAACCUCGUUUAUAUGUAAACAUAGAGCACCUUAACCUGCCCUAAAGGAGAAAAUUAGAUAUUAAUAGUAAAUUUGUCAUGCUCUGAGGAACCCAAUGUCUAGAAGUCCGGUUAUUCGAGAUGUAGCCAAAUCGAUUGCAAAGAGUCGUGCUCUGUCCAAAGGAGGCUCAUCAAAUGAGUAUGCUCUGUUCUUCAUCGGUGAUGAAUCUGUUGGUAAAUCAUCUUUAAUACUUCAAUUUUUUGAUAAAAAUGAAGUUCCGAAACCAACCUUAGCUUUGGAGCAUGUAUUUUUUAGAAAAUCCAGCAAAAGUCUCGUAAAGGAUGUUUUUCACGUUUGGGAACUAGGAGGUGGCAUCUCAUCUACUCCGAUGAUCUCAGUUUUGUCAAACUUAAAGGUCAAUUCAUUGAUGAUUGUCUUAAUGUUAGAUUUAUCAUCGUUGAAGAGCCUGUGGAACACAUUAGAGGCAUGCCUCCGUGCUGCAAAGACUGCUGUCCUAGAAAAUAAAUCUAUCAGCAAACUUGAGGCUCCUCAUUAUGAGAAAGAAAAUGGUCAAGAACCCUUUCCCGUGCCUCUGGUUAUUAUCGGUGGAAAAUACGACAAAUUCCAAAGUCUGGAACCUCAGAAAAAACGAAUAGUCUGUCAGUGCUUAAGAUUUGUUGCUCAUUUAAACGGCGCCUCGAUAAUUUUUUAUUCAUCCAAUGAUGCCAGCUUGACUAAAAAGACUAAAGAAUUUCUAAUCAAUCCAAAAUCAACCGUUCAUGAUAAAGUCGUAAAUUUAGAUCAUAAUAAACCUCUUUUCAUUCCUGCUGGAACUGACUCCUUUGCAAACAUUGAGCAAAGAACAGAGGUAAAUGGUCCUGGAUCCUUCGAAAAAUACAAGCAGAUUUUCACCAGUCAAUUUGAACAGGAAACCGCUUUAGUCGCGAAAGUCCCAGAUGAUCCUGCUUUAGAUUCAAAUUUCAAAGAACCUGCGAUCGAUUCCCUCCGUCAAAGGAAAGAUGAGGAACUGGAGUUUAUCCGACAUGAGAAAAAGGGGAGAAGGACUUAAAACUGAAGUAACGUGAACUCAAAAAGUGAAGUUAUCCAUUGAAUAUACUCCGACAAUUUUCUCUUUCUUAUCGUACGUUACUUCUCCUUCCAUUUCCUUACUUUCACGCUGUAUAUGUUUAAAUAUAUUGUAAUAUACAAA